CCACGCUAGGACUUGGUCUGGCACUCGCGCCAUGGGGAAAAGCAAUUUAUGGCACCGGUUAAGGGGAAAGUGGCAAGAGCAGGGUUAUAGCAGCAGCUAGUUCAUUACAGUGGCUCUCAGGUGAUGAAGCUUCCACUCAGCAAAAGAUUGAUGACUGCACUCCGUCAAGAGCUGCGCGUCCGUGUGGUCGUUGACUCGUUGCUCGUCGCCGCACGAAAUUCUUGGCGCACGCAUGAUAUCCAUGAAUGCGACUUUGUCACUCUCAGUACUGCAACAGCGUGCCACAAGUGCGCGACGGAGCAGGCCUUCAGUCACAACCAGUUCUCCGGCCUUCGCUAUUGACCAAGAGUCAUGAGCCGCUACGACGGAGUACAAGGCGGUGAAGAGAGCGCGCUCUGGUCAGGCGCCGUCACAGAUCUCAGAACCCUCAAGGACGUCCAUGGCACGGGCGAAAACAUGGCCAAGCAAAUCCAGCGUCUGAAGAAGAAUCUUGCUUCCUUGGAAGAAGAGGAAAAGGUUGUGGAUACCGUCAGUCGGCUCGAGCGCAAUAGCAAGGACUACAUCGAAGCGCUUGAGACCGAAACACGGUUGCUUGACCAGGUGCGCGAAAACUUAGGCGUCCUCAUUGCCUUACGCCGAGCCACUGAAUCUGGCCUCGGUGGUGGUGAUGAUACGCGGAGGAAGAAGAGGAAACAUAUUGAAACAGACACCGCUAGUGAUGUCGGCAGUCGUUCAAAAAAAGCGCGCAAUCCUCAAGAGCAGCUUGGGCCCGGGAGUGCUGUGGCGUUCAGGCAGCCGCGUACAAAGCUAUCUGAAGGAGACUGGAUCCAGUGCAAUAUUAUCAAAAUUACUGGAGAGGGACCAAAGGCCAGGGUUGAGAUCCAAGAUCCAGAGCCGGAUGAAAAUGGCCUGCCAGGGCAAACAUACAAAACCACGUUGCAGCAUUUGAUUCCAAUUGCAACCGAGAGCGCCGGGCUACCGCCGUACUCUCGAGGCGCACAUGUUUUGGCGCGGUAUCCAGAGACAACCACCUUCUACAAAGCAGAGGUCAGUCGAACGCGUGGCGAUUUUUGCCUGCUCAAAUUUGAAGGAGAGGAAGAGGCAGGCAAAGAGACCGAAGUGGAAAGGCGUCUCGUCCUUGAACUGGCGAAGCAUCUCACCUGAGCUUUCCUUGGAAGGGCUCUAUCUUUCUGGCAUUGCCGUUGACUAGGCGCCAACGGACGAGAUCAAGGGCUGCCAAGGCGUCUUCGGUCGGGUCGUGGCCUGUAGCGCUGUCGUUGACCUGUAUCUGCCUAGCCAGGUACCUGCUGCUCAGAUCCUUCAGCUUGAGUCGAUAUGGUCUACCUCUCGGGUGUGGAAAGAGAAUAGCCGAGUCGAUAACCCGGUGGUGCACCAAUCUCAAAGCCGUUAGAUCAUUGUCCAGGCCAUGACCGAUCAAGAUGGUAUCUCGAUGCAUGCCAAUAUGAAUGAGUUGCUGAUGCAUCUCUUCGAAACUGAUGGCGCCGUCCAAAUUGUGCUGCAUGACGCCAG